CCUCCCCCUGUUCGGGUUUCCGCAUUCAUUUGGUCGGUGCUUGCGUUGCGUAGUGUGGUAGUGACGUUAUAAUUUAUAAAAUAUAUACAUCUUAAUAGUUACUGUCGAAAUGGACGAAAUGGACGGAGGGGAAGAAGUCCCACAUUUUAUUGCACCCGUUAUACAAGAUAAUCCAACUGGUUGGGGGCCAUGUGACAUGCCGGAUCAAUUUAAAGACAUGCCGUAUCAGCCUUUCUCGAAAGGAGAUCGCCUAGGAAAGAUAUCGGAUUGGACAGGUGCAGCCUUCCAAGAUAAGAAGUACACAAACAAGUACCAGUCUCAGUUUGGAGGGGGCAGUCAGUAUGCAUACUACCAUGACGAGGAUGAGAGUACUUUCCAUCUGGUGGACACAACCCGUGUACAGAAACCACCGUACCAGCGAGGCCGUUUCCGUCAGAAUCAGCGGAACCUGCGUGGCCGUGGUGGACAGCGGGGCUCUCAUCAGAGUCAGUUGCAGUUGCUGGGCAAGGGUCUUAAGAUGAGAGACAGGAACCAAAGACAACAGCGCAAAUGGCCACAGCGCCAGGGUAUGCGCAACAACAAAAACCAGCCACCAAUCAAGAGUCGUGAUGCUUCUGUGACGGUGCGUCCCGACUGGAUCACUAUUGAAGAAAUGGAUUUCCCUCGGCUUACCAAAUUGUCUUUGCCAAAUGUCAAGGAGGGGGAAGAUAUUAGUUGCUGUGGGUCACUGGAGUACUAUGAUAAGACAUAUGAUCGUGUCAAUGUGAAAAAUGAGAAACCUCUGCAACGCAUUGACCGGAUCUUCCACACUGUGACUACUACUGAUGACCCGGUGAUACGUAAGCUCAGUAAGACAGAGGGCAAUGUGUAUGCCACUGAUGCCAUUCUAGCUACACUCAUGUGUUGCACACGCUCGAACUAUUCUUGGGACAUUGUGAUUGAGAAGAUUGGAGACAAACUGUUUUUUGACAAGAGAGACAACACAGAAUUUGAUCUGCUGACUGUAAAUGAGACAUCAGUGGAGCCCCCGCAGGAUGAUGGCAACAGCCUAAACUCUCCCCGUAACUUGGCCCUUGAAGCUACGUUCAUUAAUCAUAAUUUCUCCCAGCAAGUGCUCAAAACGGGUGAACCUCGCUAUAAGUUUGAUGAGGGCAACCCGUUUAUCUCUGAAGAAGAAGCCGGUGAGGUGGCUUCAGUAGCGUACAGAUAUCGCAAGUGGGAUCUGGAUAAUGGAGUGGUGUUAAUUUCUCGGUGUGAACAUGAUGCUGUAAUGCAUGGCCCUAAUGGUGAACUGCAGUUUGUUACCAUCAAGGCACUUAAUGAAUGGGAUUCUAAGCUUUCUGGUGGUGUUGAGUGGCGUCAGAAGUUGGAUACUCAACGGGGAGCUGUGCUUGCAAAUGAGUUACGAAAUAAUGCCUGCAAACUUGCAAAAUGGACUGUGCAGGCUCUUCUGGCAGGGUCAGACCAGAUCAAAUUUGGGUAUGUUUCUCGUGCUCAUGUUCGAGACUCGUCCAAACACGUGAUCCUGGGUACACAGCAGUAUAAGCCAAAUGAGUUUGCAACACAGAUCAACCUGAACAUGGACAAUGCAUGGGGUAUACUUCGUUGUAUUGUGGAUAUCUGCAUGAAGCAGAAGGAGGGCAAAUAUCUGAUUAUGAAGGACCCCAACAAGCCAAUGAUUCGACUCUACGAUAUCCCAGACAACACAUUUGAGUCCGACAAUGAAGAUGCAGAUGAUGAAGAGACAGGUGACAACACUUUCCAGCCUCUGUAUCCGUACUCGUCUAUAAAGAGAAUCUGAGUCAGCUGCAGUCCAUCCCUGUUCGUAGUAAGUUCAGCGAACCUUCUCAAUUUUAUGACUUCCCUGCACAUAAUGGAAAGCAGAUAUCAGACGUUACACAGUAAUGGCACAUCAGAGUGUGAAAUAUGAGACUCUGCACCCCCCUAAAAAACACGCUGUGGUUGGAUCAGACGUUUCUUAAACUUUGAUCUCCACUUAUUUCUAAUUCUUCAGAGAUUAAAUAUUAAGAAUACACUGCUACCAUAUGACAUGCAAAGAACAGAUUUGUGUGUACUCAGGUGAUUGUUGUGUGUUCCCUGCCAUUUUCAGAUGUUGUCUUGUUCUGUGGCACGAUGGGUGAGGUAAUGAUUUGUAAGCUGCAUCACAGCUUAACACUUAACACAGAUUAAAGUUAAGCAAAAUUAAAAAAUUUGUAAGACUACAUGUGACCUGCAAGUCAGAUUGGCAGGAAACUACUAAAAUUGAAUGAAGAAUAUUUGUUACAGCAGGACUCUUGCAGCAUGGAAUAAAUACAAGGAGUAUGGGAUGGAAUUAUUACAUUAUUUUUAGAGAACUGCUUUUGUAUUCAUGGCUUCUUACAAAGUAUUGAGCAGCAGAUUUGAAGAACAUGAAGUUGAUCUUUAAAAUACAGCCUUUUGACUAUUUAAUAAGUUUGUAAGUCUUAAUUCCCACUCUUAAGGGCAUUGAUGGUUUCGUUGUUGAAAUUUGUUUGGCUCUUUGUCAUGUUGAUCUUUUCAUGUAUGUUACAUAACAACAUGUAAGUAAAGAUUAUACAUCGUUAAAAUUCA